GCUCUUUCGUCACUACUCCGCGCCGCUCUCCAUCCUGCUGAGCGCUAGUUCGUUCCAAAAACCUCAGAGUCUAGACAACUUUUAACGUUUCUACAAAAUGUCUUUCGUUGAGGGUGAAUCUUCGGAGGGCUCCCGUACCGGAGCGUCAAAGUUGGAAAGCUUCUUGUUCAGCUGCGAGCUGUCCUCUAAAGUACUUUUCUACACUUUUCAAGGAGAUGCGGAUGAGGAGGACGAGGACAUGGAGCACUUCCUAGAGCUUAGAACUGUUUGCCUUGGUGAGGGAGCCAAGGAGGAGAGCAACGUGGUGGAGGUAACCGCCAUGAACCACCUGGGAAAAACAAUCUCAGUCCCCAUAGCCAACCUCCACCUCAAGUGUCUGCCUAUGGUGAACCUGGGAGAGUUUGAGCUGAAAGCCCCAGUUACUCUACGCCUUAAAGCUGGAACGGGACCAGUUUCUGUUAGUGGCCUCCACCUUAUUGCCUCACAGUAUUUUGAAAUGUCUGAGGAGGAGGAACAAGAAGAAGAUGAUGAUGAUGAGGUGGAAGAUGAGGAAGAAGAGCUGCCAGCUGUCAAACCAGCAAAGAAGAAGAAGAAUUAGUAGACUGUGAGGACCCCUGACAAAAGUUUUUUUCUACCUGAUGGACAUCUUUUCCACCUCUUUCACACUAUGUGAAUGCGGCAGAUCAAAACACGCCACCAAAGAAGCCGCUCCCCAACCCUCUAUUUUCACCUCAUCACAAUGGAGAAGACAAUUAUUUGUAUAAGUGUUUUUGAUAUGAACAUAUUUCCACAUUUUUUACUGUAUAUAUUAACAUUUCCACUGUAAGGAUUUUACUGCGGCGUCACUGGUGACAAAAACACGUCUACCACCAGUAGACGCUAAAUCUAAGAGUUUAGAAGAUUGUCUUUGUCCUGUUCAUGGAGGAAAACGCGUUCUGAUUCAACCUGAAUAAAACAGUUGGUUUGUAUGCAGUUUAAUAAAUGCUUGUUGACUAUC